AUGGAGGUGUUGGACGUGGAAGAAGAGGAGAGGAGGCGACGGAUGUUGUGGCCUGAAGGUGAGCACCUCCUGUUCAAGCCAGGCGUGCCCAGUCUUGCAGAUCUGUGCUUGGACUACGUGGCAGACUGCUUUCAGCAACUCGAGGGCCUAGACCGACUACCGGUGACGGUGAGGCAACAAGUGUUUGUGAAGCUGAGUCGGUCACAAAAGAUAAACGACAUGACCCUCUCGCUCUUCCUCACCGCCAACAGCAAAGGAGCGUGUCCCUUUGUCGAGGUGGAUUUCUCCUCGAUGAAGUGGGUGUCCGCGAGCACGGUCAUACAGCUGUUUAAUCCCUACACGCUGCUGCAUCUCAACUUGUCCAACUGUACACAAAUCACCGACGAAGUAGUUCAAGCCAUCACGAAGGAGAGCCGUAUACUGGAGACCCUGAUCGUGAGCAACAAUCCAAACAUAAUGGAUCCCAUCAAGUACUGA